UCAGAUUAUUUCAUCAGUCCGAAAAAUUCUCUCUCCUGGAAAAGUUCACAUCUGUUUUUAGUGUUGUGUGAUAACAGUUUAAAUUCUGUUAUUUUUCAUAAAAUUACCUAUUAAUUUCGUAUUGAAUACUUGUAUUGUGUAUUAAAUGUAUAUGUAACACUAAAUAUUUGAAAAAUUAAACAACGAACAAGUUUAAAGUGUUUUUUGUGAGACAACGUAAUCGAAAGGUGGACAUUGGCACGGGUACGUACAAAGAGACCAACGAGUAGAUAAAUAGCGAAAGCGUGUGCGAUUUUCGUAAAUAACAAGAGAAGAAAACGAACUUGAUUCCUUACGAUUUUCCGGAGGCCAAACUUGUGGGCGUAUAGCACUAAAAGCGCAAGGAAAUUGUAGCAAUACAAUAGUAAAAAUUGUAAAACGUUUAUUAAAUUUGCGCUUAAACCGAUAUAUUGGAAUUUACCAGUAGUGGGGAGGGAAAAAAUGUGCUAAUGCAGUAAUUUAACCGCAAAUUUCCACUUACGGUUUAGUGCCAACCAUACAUUGUUAACCUUUGUCAAUAAGAAGCGAUUUCAUAGCGUGUGCGUACAAAAAUAGACAAAAUGAUUCGCCUGAAACAAUUUUAAGUUAAUACAAAACAAACCAUUAAAAUAUAUAUAAAUAACACAAUUGUACGUCACAACCACUGUUGCUGGGCUAAGUGAACGUGUGUGCAUUUAUAUAUUAUCACAAAGUGUGUGUGGUUUCUUUUUGAAGUGUUUGCCAAAAUAUCGAAAAUAAAUUAGAUACAUCGUUGAAUUUUCCCGACAACCACCACUCUGAGUUUGCAUUCGAAAGCGAACACACGGCGCACCACGAAGCGAACGAGCAGCAGCGGCGAAAAUAAAUUCAAACCGCAUAAUAAUAUUGGAAAAUUUUCAACUAAUGUUGCAUGUGACAGCGGCCAACGACCAGUGAGUUUUCAGCGACCAACAACAACAACAAAUUGCAUUUUAUUGCAAUUCAACGAGAAAUCAUAACUGUGUUUGUGUGUGUAUGUGCAACUUAAACUGAAUUUGCGCAGAAAUUUUCACGGUUUACGGUAAAAAAACAACGAUUUUCUUUAAUUUCACAUUUUACGUUUUGACUUUUCCAAAGUUUAUACAGUUACCAGUAAUAAGCAACAAAAUGUCGCGUUUAAGUAAAUCGAAUUCGUCUAAAAAAGUGUCGCUUUUAAAGACUAAAAAGUUUAUGUGAUAUUCGUAUACGUUCGAAAGUCAUACACUAACAACAACAAGAAAGUUAAUACAAAUCUAUUUAGCGAAACAGUCGUGCAGUAGAAACACUGCGUUUAAUCUGAAGAAUUUGUAACAAAACGCUAAAGUCGACCCAAUACUGUGUGGUAAUUUUUAUAAACGGACUGGGCGCUUUAAGAAAAUUUUGUGAAUUUUAUAAAAAAAAAUAAGUUUGAAAAUUUUAUAAAAAGAUUUGGAAAAUUUAAGAAAUUCAAAUUUCCUAAAAAAUAUAAUAUUGUAAAAGCAAUUUCAAUAAAAAAGUGAGUUCUUCGAGCGAUUCUGCGUGAGAUUUUUUUGAAAAGCUAUACAAAACAGUUGAAAAAAGAGAAUUUUCAACUUAUAAAUCUGUGAAUUUCCGCGAUAAAUAAGCGCAACUGAAAAAUUUGUUUAAAAAACGAGAAGGCUCUUUAAAUUACACUGUGCUCUAGCGACAUAAGCUCUACAUACCCAUAUACAUUCCAUACGCUUUAAGAAAAGUAAUAGAAGAAGUAAGUCUUGCGCAGCGUAACUACUGUGAGUCAAGAGAAAACCACCGAACGCAGCUACAGAGUCAGCGGUACACAGCAGUAGCAGCAGCAAAAGAAGAAGCAGCAGUGCAAGAGUGGUGCUAAGAGCAGCAGCAGCAGCAGAAGCAGUUCAAGUGCAAAUAUCAAGCGACGCGUUCAAUAACCAAAUAGACGCCUUAAAGUUGAAAGACACCAAUUGCCGUCACUGCCUAAUGGCAAGUUCGCUUAAUAAAACGAGACACAGGCGCAGAUUGACUGCGAUCUCGUUUCUAUCGAAUAUUUCAUUAGAUGGCACACAUCGGGAUACUAAAUUUGGAGCAACAAUUGGCAUUUGUGGCAACGCGGCUACAACGUACAACGCAACGGCAGCGGGAUUACAAAGUGGCGCAACGAUUGGUGGCGGCGGAGGCGGCGGCAUCGGAUACGGCGGCGGCGGCGGCAAGCAGCAACAACAUCAACACUACAACUACAACCGCAAUAAUAAUCGACAUCCACGGCAACAGCAUCAUCAGCAUCAGCACCAGCACCAACACUACUAUACGCAACAUCAUCCGAAUGGCGGUUGCAACAUGGGUAACGGCAAUGCCGGCGGCGCUGGCGGCAUGCAUGCACCUUCAGCCGCAAUGUAUCUCGCCUCAUGCGAUGAUGCGCACAUGGACUACAUGGGCGGCGGCGGUGGUGGUUGUGGUGCUGGUGAAGGCGGCGGCGGCGGUGGCACUGGCAGCGAUGGCUGUGCCGAUAGUACCGGCAGCGCCGAUGGUGAUGGGCAUUUUAGUGAAAUUGAAAAUAUGGGUCAACACUUGAUAAAUGCACGGCCGGGCAACGCUUACAAGGGCGAUGGUGGCAUUAAAGCAGCAACAGCAACUGUCGCAGGCAGGUCGACAGUCAAGCAUAUGGAUAAAUCCGCUGGUGACUACGACUUCAUUAGCGGCAGCGAUGGUGUUGGCGGCAUUGGUGGUGCAACUGUGACUGAGAAGCGCAAUGUUAAGCGACCUACAUCGAGUAGUCGGCAACAGUGCAAUCAUAAUUGCAGGCAAACUUCUAAGCAUGGCACAAUGGGCAUUGCCAGCAAGCAACAGUUGGCUGGCGGUAGCGGCGGUUCGGGCGCCGAAAGUGGCAGCGAUUCGGAUAGCGUCAAAAUACCAAUGAAAGUUUCCAGUUUGGGUGCCGGCAUACUAAUGCCAUUGCGUGAAAGAACUUUCAGCAAUGGCGCCAACGAUGCCCACAUCAUGCCGGAGCGUCGCGCACGCCUCAAUACGGCGCCGGGUAUGCGUAUCGGUGUCGGUGUCGGCGGCAGUGCUGGUGGCAAGCGACCGUGCAACAUAAUACACGGUUCCACGCACAUAACCGACGACAGCAGUACGGAGAGUUUGACGCCCGGCAGUUUCCCGGGCAGUUUUACGGGACGUGGCAGCAUUAGCAAGAGUGUGCAAAUCAACGAUGCCAAGGAUUUGCGUUUCCUCAAUGCACAAGCGCACAAACAGCAUCAGUACAAGGAUGAUCGUGUGGUGUUGACGUCGCGCAAAGUGCCGUUCUUUAUAUUCUCGGCGCUGCCGUAUUACAAGGGUAAAAAUGGCAGAGCCGAAUUACGCAAGGAGGGUCGUCGACGCAAUCCAUCCGGUUCGCGUCCAUUAUCCGCCAUCAAUGAUGCACCCUUCGAUCCAUUCGAUUUGUUGGGCAUCGAAAAGGGUGAGAGUGGGCAGGAAAUCUCCUAUGGCCAUCUACUCAUACCCACACGUCAUUAUGGCAAAGAGAGUAAAAGCAAACAUGGCGGUGGCACUUCGGCCAACACAUCUCUAUUGGAUAGUCAAAUAGAAAUAACGAGUACAGCAGCACUUAAAAAUCACGGCAUCGCCAGGACAAAAGUUAUAACCUGGCAAAAGGGAAAAUGGUGCUUCACUUAUGACAACAACAAUCGCAAUAGUACCGCAAGUCCGACACCAGACCUCAAAUUGGAUUUAGAUGAUAGUUUGUUGUUUAAUGCGGACGGUACGCGCGGCAUGCAGUUUCAAUAUUCCGCCAAUAUUUUGGAUGAUCCCGAAUUGAUUGCGGGCAAGCAUCGCACUUUGCUGACAUUCACAUCGUACAUGACAUCCGUGAUCGAUUAUGUGCGUCCAUCAGACUUGAAGAAGGAGUUGAAUGAUAAAUUCCGUGAGAAAUUUCCACACAUACAACUCACGCUGAGCAAAUUACGGAGCCUCAAGCGUGAAAUGCGUCGCAUCAACAAGUUAGAUAGUCGUAUUGAUUUGGUCACCAUCUCGCAGGCGUAUGUCUACUUUGAGAAAUUGAUCUUGGGCAAUCUGAUCAAUAAGAGUAAUCGUAAGCUAUGUGCGGGCGCUUGUCUGUUACUCAGCGCCAAAAUGAACGAUGUCAAAGGUGAAUCGCUGAAGAGCCUAAUUGAGAAAACCGAGAAUGUCUUUCGCGUGAAUCGCAAGGAGCUAAUCGCUUCGGAAUUCGCUGUGCUCGUGGCAUUAGAGUUCAGUUUGCAUGUACCCAUGCAUGAGGUAUUGCCGCAUUAUCAGCGUUUGCUUUACGAGUCCUAGAAUUGGCCGAAACGCUUCGCCGAAAAGCGCUUGGUAGCGGUGACAUCGCGUUAUUACUUUCGGCAUCGCAAUAGCAGCAAGAAGUGAAGGGAAAUAUAUGGGCGUAAAUGGUAGUUUAUGGAAUGUUACACAAAUUGAUAUUCAAUUUGUCCUUAAAUGAGUUAGCUGUAUGCAUUUUAUGCGUGCGAAAUAUUGAAAUAUGAAAUUGGAGGAAAGCUGAUUUUACAAAUUACAACAAAAUAUAUAACAAAAUUAAAUUUUUAGCGGAAAAAAAUAUUUAGUAAGCGCAAAAUUACCACACAAUGAUUUUUAGCAAAACGAAAAUUUGUACUUAAACGCUAAGGGAGCAAAGAAAAAACAUUUUUAUAGCAAAUAAGUUAGGGCAAUAAGCAUUUGAUUUAAAAUUUAAUAAGAUUUUAUUUGAGCGCAGGAGAAAAUUUCAACGUUUGCUUAAGAGAAAUUUGAACUUAUAAACAAUUAUUUUAAUUAAUUAUACUUUUUUGACUACAUUACGACUAUUUUUAAAUUUUUUUUUUUGUGGAGAUUUGUUUAAUAUAUGUUUUAAGCGUGUCUGGUGAACUUCAUUUAAAGUUAGUUUUUUAUGUUCUGGGGUUGAGGUCAUUUUUUUUUGUGUUUAAAAAUAUAUAUUAAUUUAAUAGUAUGUUUGAAAAAUCAAUCAACAACUUUUUAAUACAAAAACAAUUUUUUUUUUAAUUUUUUUCUGACUUGUAAUUAAAAAUAUUUGAUUUUCACACAAAUUCAAGUGUUUUUGACAUGUUAAUAUCCAUUUUUUAUAUAUUUUAUUUUAUUACAAAUUUCAUAACUCCAUACAUUUUAGUAUGGAAAGGGUUAAUUGAAACAUUGAAAAUAAAUUUUUUUCUUAUUCUUAACUAAAAAUAUAUUUUUUUCUCUAAGCAAACGUAAAUGUUUGUAUGUAGCACAUAAUAUACAUUAAUACAUAAUAUACAGUAAUAUAUACAUAUAUAUCUACAUAUAAUUUAAGCGAACAGUAAGCGUUAAAGGAUUAGAUAACAAAUGCUUUUAAAAAGUGUACGAAAUUUAAAUGUAAAUUUAGGCAAUACAAAUGCUUUGCAAAAGUGAAAAAGAAAAAAAAAAACAUUUUAUAAAAAAUAUGUUUACAUCAAUAUUACUUGGGAAAUAUAAACGAAAAUUUAGCAAAUGAAA